UUUGUUUUCCUUGGCAAUCUCGCUAUCUCUAAAAACAAAGUGGAAUUGCAUCGAUACGAACCUUACGUAACAUCUCUCAAGACUUUGAAUGUCCGAUAUAGUCUUUGUAACGUAACACCACUGCUUAUAUUUCAGGUUUUUCUGGUUUUCAUAAUUCCCUGUUCCAGCCCUGAAUUACUGUUAUCUGUAGCAUGCGGGAGAACUAUGAACCAAAACUGUCUAAAACCACUUCAUUUCUUUAAAUGGAAACAAUCAGAAUGAUAUGUCGCCAUAAAAGCUUGAUUGUAGACUAUGGCAUGGGAAAUGUUUAUUAAUUAAUUUUCGACCUGUGUAAUGUUUUGGAGAGGAAAAGCUUUAGUUUUGUAUGGCUAUCUGAUUUAACUGACCAUAAUCCAUGUGGUCAUGUGUCUUUCCUGUUGCCGUCUCUAUCUUUUCCAAUGAUCUUUUGUGUUGUAAACAAAAUAAUUGACCAAUCAGAAGAAGGUGAUGAAUUGCACACGUGACAUUGUUUUCGUGAUGUUUAUUUCAUAAAGAAUGUGAAUGCAAAUUACAUACUACGGUGUUAGUGUAAGGUUUUCAUGUUUUAUUCGAGGACCUUCCUCGAGAUGUACGAAAACAUGUAGGUUUCUUUGCUGUGUUGUACCACUUUAUUGGUCUGAGAAUGGUUGUUGCUAGUGACAGCGCUUGGAGGAUACCAGACCUGCGAUCCGACGACGUUUGCAGUCAUAAGAAAUCCCCAUUUUGCAUCAAUGAAUUGGAAAUCGUAGAAAGAAGUUUUGUUAAUUGUAAUCUCACGAAUGAACGUCGCAAGAAGCCUAUCAGUAAGAUAUUUCGCGAUGUCGUUUACCGACCAUCUUUGGAAGACAUAAAGGAAGUUGAUGGUGAGGAAUUAGCCGAAGUCGAGGACAAAUUUGACCUGACUUUGUCGUCGUUACAUCGCGAACGAGCUCUAAACUCUGGUUGUUUUAAGCCAAACGAAGAUCGCAAAUAUCGUAAGAAAAAGUACAAGAAGUCACAGCCUUCUGUUGAUCGCCGUCCAAGAUCUCAAACUCUGUAGAUAUUGGCUUAUUGUGUUUACAAAAUAACUCUCCUUUGCUUAAGGAUUUGAUAAGUGUUUAAAGCCACAAAUUACUUCAUUGAAUAUCAAUGUAAAUAUAUGUAUAUACAGUAAAACUGGCAUGCUAUAUCGAAAACAAAUCAUGUUCAAUCACGUUUUACAGAUAUAGUUGGCCCUCCAAAAAAAUAUAUACAGCGUGAGUUUGGAUAAUCGAAAGCUGUUUGUCGAUACUCGACUCGAGUUUAAGUUACUAAUGCUUGUUUGGACUUAAUAAACAACGAAUGAAGCAUCUGCAUUGUCAACCAAAUGUUAAUAUUAUUGAAACGUUAGAUUCUACAUUUCACUGAUAUUAACAAAUUACAAUGGUGUAAAUAGUCCUAUAUCCGUUUGCUGUCGUUAAAUGUCCAUCAACGUUGAUAAAAAAUACUUAAUUUUGUAAUUAAUUUAGUUUAUAUAUAGUAAAAUAUUAAUGGUUUACCUUUGAUGUAAGACAUAUGAUGUAAAUAUAUCAUUGAUUUCCUAAGAUUAUACUUUAACCCGACA